CCAGGAGACCCGGCUGCAGAGCCCUCAUCUAGAGACAGGGUGCAGGACCGCGGCCGCUCCCAUGAGAGGAAGAACCACUCGACGGCAGGGGAGAAGCAGCGCUACUACUCUUGUGAUCGCUACAGCAGCAGGGAACACUGCCACACCACCAAGUCUGCCACCACCAGCUGUGCCACCUCCCCAAGCGAGGUGCAGGAACCCAACAUCAACAAGCAGUGGUUCGGUUAAAGGCAGCCCAGUGAUGUUGACCUCAGGGGCUAUCACACCUAGCCGUGGACGCAGGCAACUCCCACAGACCCCCCUGACCCCCCGCCCUGGGGUGACGUUCAAGACUGCAAACUCCUCCCCUGUGCACUUUGUGUCUGCCCAGUGUGGCAGCGGCCUGCCCACCCUGAGUCCUGGCCGGCUGAGCCGUGGGCUGUCUGAGCACAAUGCCCUGCUGCAUAGUGGCACCUCUCACAUCCCCUCCCCCAUCACCCGCAUCAGCUCUGAGCCCUUCCUGGGCUAUAGUCACAGUGACCCCCAGGGCCAGGGUAGCCCGUACUGCAACCUCCGGGACGAGCUGAUGAGCCCUUAUGCUGCCAGAGCACGCUCCCCUCGGACUGCACGUCCUCAAAUGAGGCCGGGGGCCCUCCACCUGCCUCCACCACCCCAGAAGAGACGUGUGGUGCCCAACGAAUGCCACUUUACCUUUGGUGGUAAUGGCAACGCCAGCCUGGGGUCUGACUCUGGUGCCAGGCCACACAGGUACUAUCACGAGGCAGAGGAGGAUGAAUGGUGCUAGCAUGGCUUUGAACAGAUGGUUUUAAUGCAUUUUGAGGAAUCGUGAUGAGUUUUAUCAUCUUUUUUGAAGGCUUUAGUUUACACGGUUGCUGUAUGAUAAGCUAAUUAUGGGAAAUAAAUCAUGGAGGGGUGGAAUUCAUUUGAAUGUGAACAAAACAGCAGCAUUUUUAGGACCUGGAUGAAUAUGAAAGUGGAUGUGUAUUUGGUGAAUUGUUGGUAAUUCAGUUGGAUCUGACCAACUGUAAGGUGUCUUAUGCACUGAAGACAAUGGCAUUUUUCAUUGAGGGCACUUUUGCUUUGCUUCUUUAUCAAAUGUAAUUAUUUUUCAGUCUUGAUAUUGACCCAGAUAGUGGCAUAAGAAACCCUCCUACAGGUACACAGAGUAGAGAUGGGUGAGCAGCAGCCCUCUUUGCUGUCUCUGCGAUGAGCAGAGUGAUCGGCUCAAUGGAAAGUCCCAUGACAAUACCUAGACACUGUUAAGCAAGUGUAAUAACACAUGAUUAGGAAAUACUUAUUGAAACUUCCCUAAGAAACACACUGGAAAAUAUCCUAAACAGCUAUUGCUUUGCUUUGGGACUCUUACCAUUUGGUAAUAUAAAGGGAUUUACAGUAGCCCAAUCCAUUAUAUAGUAGCCCAUUCCCUUCCUGUCAGAAGAUACAGCCUGAUAGAGCAGAGGGAUCGAUGCUGUCAUUCCAGACAAUGAUUGUUGAUUUGCUGCUGUUGAACCAUCAAACUUCACUACCACUACUAGAGAGAAAUUAGGAAUGGAAAUGAAAUGUUAUUUGUUUUAUAUAAAACUAUUGUAGAUGUUAUCUUUUCACUGUCUGCAUUUUCUGUAUGAUGUAAAAAAAACACUUAGUUUAUGUAAAUUGCUUACAGUUUGUCAUAAUUUCAGGUCUAAUGUUUCUUACAUACUCUCUGCUUCCAAUGUUUAAUACAAAGUGCCUAUCCUUUUUAGAUAUACUGUAGUAAAGAUGCAAAGUCAACCGUUUUUGGAAAGCAUCAACACUUAAGCAGUUUGUUCAAUUGGCUAGUUCUACAGGAGAACAAGAUGUACAGCCAGCCUUAUCUGAGAAACGCUGACUUUUAUUUGAGAAAAAAAAAACAUUUGAAUGGAAAUGACUAAUUACCUUAUGAUUGCUGAUAUUUUUCUUGUUUAAUUGUCUUUUUGGUAAAUAUAUUUAAUCAAUGUGAGGGGUACAAUGAAAGCUAGUGCAAAAGCAUAUAUCAUGAACACGUAACAAACAUGCAUUAAUUGCAUUAGUAGCAUAUCAGUCCAGUUAGGAAGACAUUAUCAGAGUAACACAACUGCAUGUUUAAAUCAUAAACCUGGUUGACCACAGUUAUGAAGAUGUAGUAGUGUAUAUUUAUUUUCCUUGUGAGGAUGCUCAACUGCGAUAGCAUUGCAACCUCUGUAUUGCCUUCUGUUUCAAUGUUAGAACUGCAGACUCAGUAAAGAACAUAAGGAAUCUGAUGAUAAACAAACAGUGUGCACUUUUUGGAUGGAUGUUCUUGAGAAGCAACGAUGAAUACAGAUCCCAGAUGAGAGAGUGUGCUGAGUUGGGGCCCUAGCACCCUCUGUGUCUCUCAAUUGGCUCAGACCCCUCUGUGGUAAGGUUUAAGACUCCCCAUUGGUUCGGACCCACGUGACUAAGAUCUGCCCCCCGAUCUAAGCUUCCAUUUUUAAGAAGAGGAUUUCCCAGCUGUCAGAUGAUAAUAUAAAUCUGGUUCACACCUUCUAUCUUUCUAUCUACCCAUCCCAUGAUAACCACUGAUGUUGAUGAUUCACAUCUGCCUCUAAAAAGCUUCAGAUAUUAUACAUGGAUAGUAAUAUAAUAUCAUUGGAAAUGUUGCCCUGGGAUGGAUGAUCUAAUUCUUGGAUAGCUAGGGGGUGGAAUGUAACCAGGUAUGCUGUAUAAAGUAUGCUCUACUCCAGUGAAGGUGUUGCUCAAUUAUUGAUAGUAGCGGAGAUACUGUAGGUUGGACCAGGUGUUGCCAUGACCACACACUCGUCUGGGUUCUGUACUGCAUAUUUCCCAGAAGCAGGGUUUUGAUGACAGGGAAAGUAGGGCUAUGCAACAAGACACUAAGGUCAUAUACUUCAUCCAUUCUGUAGCUUUACGUGCUGAGAUCUCCAGAUUCAUUCUUCAGCAUGAUUGUGACCAAAUGUUUUAUAUAAAACGUUUUUUUUUUAAUGAUAAAAAUGUAUUUAAAAAUGCAUUAGGCACAAUGAGUAAAGUGGAAAUUCAUAAAGUAUUUAGAAAUACAGCAACUUCUAUAUAUUUGCAUGCAUACAAUUUGCCCAUUUUGAUGAUGUCAAGAGGUAAACCUGUGUCUUAAACAGUAAGUGAAGAAUGUUAUGGUUAUUUCUAUCUGUUCCGUGUCAGGUCACCUGAGAGGGGUGAUCGCUUCAGAGGAGGGUGUUCAGAAAUAUUGAAUAAACUGUAAUUGUUUUAUUUUGUAUAAGACAGGAACAAAUUCUCCACAUUAUUGUACAGAUACAUUAAUUGAUUACCCCUUGACAUGUUGCCAUAGUGGGUCAAAAACAUACAUAUACAAUCAGUCUCUUCCUUCAUCUCUUUGGCCUCUUGUAUUAUUUAUUUCAUAAGAAACAUAUCCACACCCUAGUCUCUAACAGUUGGUUGCCAAACAUUGAACUGUUCCUAUUUCUCGUUCUGCAUACCAACUGCAGUGUACAUGUGGCUUCUGGAGAAAAUAAUGUUUGCAUGUUCUGACAAUGUAUGUGCAUGUAAAUCUUGGUACUUUUUGAUGCCAUCUGUUCAUUUCUUGUUCAUUUUUAUUGAUCUUUGAUAUAACCUGUGGGGGUUGUUGGAAAAAAAACUUUAUAUAUAAACAGUAUUGAACAAUGUUGAUAGUUCCAGCCAUGCAACAGAGCUGGAACGUUAUUUGGGUCUUGAAAGUGAGAUGUUUGUUGCCUGAUUAUGUUUAUUGGCCAGACUUAGAAUUCUGAAGUUGUUUCUACAUUUACAUUUUGUAUGCAACCAAGUUCCUUGAAUUAAAAAAAUAAUAUGAAACAAA